GUGCUGGGAGCUGUGACCCGGUGUACUGGUGUGUACUGGCAGCAUGGGGGGGAUGCUGGCGCUGCCCCCGGGGCAGGGACCCCACCGGGUGGGCUGCACGGAUGUCAUGGUGGGUCACACACCGCAGGGGCUCUUCCUCCGCCUGUUCUACCCGUGCCAGGCCCGGGCAGGGGCCGUGCAGCCGCUCUGGAUCCCACGGCCCGAGUACUGCGGGGGUCUGGCUGAUGCCGCCCUCGGGCGCCGCUGGUGCUCGGCCCUGCUCAGCAUCGCUGUCGGCUCCUGCAGAGUCCCGGUGAGCUGGAACGAGCCUCUCAAGUCCUGCAGCACCGGCUACCCCCUGAUCAUCUUCUCCCACGGCCUGGGAGCCUUUCGGACCUUGUACUCCUCAAUCUGCACAGAGCUGGCGUCCUGGGGCUUGGUGGUGGCAGUGCUGGAGCACAGGGACCGUUCUGCUGCCACCACCUAUUUCUGCACGGCCCAGGCUGGGGCAGAGCAGUGGAUCCCCUUCCAGCGGGUGCCACAAGGGCAGAAGGAGUUUUAUUUCCGAAACAAGCAGGUUCACCACAGAGCUCAGGAAUGCGUGCGGGCGCUGCGGCUCUUCCAGGGCAUCGCCGGCGGCAGAACCGAGCCCAACAUCCUCCACCAGGGCUGGGACCUGUCUGUGCUCAAGGACAACCUUGAUCUGAGCAGAGUGGCCGUCAUGGGCCAUUCCUUCGGGGGGGUGACAGCGCUGCUGGCCUUGGUGAAGGAGCCCAGCUUCAGGUGUGCUGUGGCUCUGGAUGCCUGGAUGUUCCCUCUGGAGAACCUGCUGUACCCAGAGGUGCCCAAGCCCGUGCUCUUCAUCAACACCGAGAAGUUCCAGACCCCGCAGAGCGUUGCCAAAAUGAAGAGACUGAGCUGCAGGAACGGCCAGAGCAGGAUUGUGACCGUGCUGGGAACCGUGCACGAGGACCAGACCGACCUGGCCUUCCUCCCUGGGAAGCUCUUCAGCCUCAUCUUCGGCACGAGGGGCUCCCUGGACCCCCACAGGGCUCUGACCAUCACCAGCAGGGCAGCUCUGGCCUUCCUGCACAGGCACCUGGAGCUGCAGGAGGAGUUUGCUCAGUGGGACGAGCUCCUGGAAGGCGUUGGGGACUCGGUGGCUCCGGAGGCGCCGCUCGGCCGCUCUCGCCUGUAGCUGCUGCAGGGCCCUGCUGCCAGCUGGGGGCUGGGGAAUGACCCCUUCUGGCCAGAAUGGAGGCUGGGG